AUGAGUGUUUUGGACGACAAACUGGAGGGCGUUGGCCCUCUCUUGUCUCGCGUGUUCCAGGACUCAGCGCUUUCAGCGCGCUUUGCAACCCUGGAAGAGGUAAUUGCGCUUUUGCAAGACCAAAAUGUGAACUUGGAUGAAGAUACAGACAAGGAAAUCGCGAUGGGAGUCAUGGAGAGCUACUUGUUCAUUCGGGAUGGGAAAUCGAUGCAAAUGGUCAUUUUGCUGUUCGAAAGUCUAUUCAAACGUUCACCAAGCGGAUUAAAAGGAUUGACCAAAUUCAUUCGAGGAAUAGUGACCAAAAUGUCAUCUACCCGGGCUGUGGCUGACUACAUGAAUCUUUUGGACUGGAUCAAUGCGUUGUUGAGAAUCAGCGUGCUCCAAACAGAAGAUUUCGAAAAUGCAACUCGCGUGGAAUUGCUACAAUUGCUGUGCUUCACCGCCCAAAGCGUCGAAACAGCCCUUGAUGUGCAUGAAGGGACCAAGCGCUCAAAAUCUAAACAAAAUCAACACCGUCGCAGAAUACGCCAAAGCGUACUGCAAUCUAUUACCAAGACUUUUACUUCGGCCUUGAAAAAUGGAAAAGAGACCGAGUUUUCAGUCGACUUUAUUUCAAAGGCGACUCUCGAUCAAGCUGGUGCUGCAAAACUUCCAGCGGCUGGAGUGCUGGCGGUUAUUGGUGGCCUCACCAAAGCUGCGAUCCAACUUUUACAAUCCCAACCAGCGCACCAUGCGGCUUUUGCCCAAAACAGUGUGGUACCCUUUUGUGCAUACGUGGGGAAGGACGUUAUUUUGUCUAAGGACUCACCCUCACCGUUUUGUAUCGAAACCUUUUUCACUCCUUUCGCUCAUGAGUUCGUUACCACUGACCUCUUCAGCACGCACAUUGUUCCGAACCUAGAGAAGUGUAUUCUGCGUUCAUCUGAAAUAGGGUUUCCGCUAGCUAGCGAGUUUUAUUCCAGUGUGGAUCCUGCCAAGGUGAACCUUUCUUCAAUAUUUGUUGAUUCCAAACUAAUGACCCAGUCUUUUUCUUCUUUGAAAAGUAGUAAAGAAACAAUCAGAUCUGUCUCUCUAGGCUCAAUGCUUGUUCUACUGCAUUCAAUCAAGAAUUGUUGCUCUUCGAGCGAUUUACAAAAAUUGGUUGCUGAAGCUUUUAAAAAUUUGAAAUCCAACUUGCAUGUGGACUACAAAAUAAUAGUCUCGCGUCUCCUACGUGCUACACCGCCUAGUGCUUCCGUUUCUUCCGAUAUUGUGAAUGGGCUUGCGAACUAUCUGUCGAAGGAGUCCAAUGAAGUGGCAAUGGAAGCCUUGCUUCAAGCAUACUUCUAUCAGUAUUCAAAGUUGGAUGCCCCACCUGCGUCUGCAAUCACCCUGAUAAGGACUGGAUUAACUGACAAAAAGCAACCUAUAAAGAAGCUUUGGCUCGCUGCUUUCCUCAGUAUCUUGGACGCUAAGUCCAUAGAAGAGUUUCGCGAUCAGUCAAAAGAGAUUCUAGAUUACCUGAGGGAUGUCGUUUCCUAUCCAUCGAAAUACACAGCAAGAAGCGUGCUAAGCUGUUUCACAGGCAUCGAUCGUCUUUCAGUCAUGGAAGGUGAUGAGCUUGCCACGCAAGUCAAGUCUUUACUCGUCGAAGAGAAAAGGGAGUCUCGUUCGAUAGGUCAUGCGUGGUUAGUGGUGACGUUGUCUGUCGAAUUGAGUAGCGAGGAAAGGACAAUAGCAGUGGAGCUCCUUCGCCGUGCAUAUGAAAGAAAUACUUUAACGACUGGUAUGGAUGUGAUCGACGCUCUUGAGAGGGCCGUAGUCGAGGGAACCUUUUCAGAUCGCGAGGGUAUCACCCUUCGCUACGUGACUCCAAUCAUCAUGGCCUUGUGUCGAGAUGUUGAUGAUAAAGAAGCUUUAAAAAAAGUUUUAAUCCAAUUUCUUGUUCUCUCACAAUAUCCUAAGCUAAAGUUGAAAAGUGGUUGGGCAGGAUUGGUUUUACAGGCUAACAUGAAUCCCGAAAAUCUGAUAGCAGAGUAUUCUAAUCAACUUUUCAGCCGAUUCAAGUGCUUGACGGAAGAUUUGAAGAUUCAAUUUUCUGCCUUGUACGAUUCUGCAGUCAAAUCCAUCACAUAUGCUGCGUUUAUUAACCCUUCCACGAUCGCUCCUUUGGUAGUUGCUCUUGUGAAAUGCGAGCUAGAAUCUUCAAGACUGCAAGGUGUCGAUGCAUCUCAGAUAGAAAUAUGGAGAGGGGCGGAUGGCGAAUUAGUCUUUGAUGUCUUACAGAAAUCGAACAAGGCGCUAGAAAAUAAAAACUCGAGGGACUAUGAAACUCUGAAAUGGGAGGAAGAGGUCAGAAAGAAGCAAGCCCAAAAGAAUUCGGGCACAAAAAAAUAUACCAAAGAAGAAAAAGACUUGAUCGAUGCGCAAUUGUUAAAGGAAGCUGGUAUUCGAAAAGAUAUCAAUCUCAUUGUAACUGAGUCUCGCCGGACGCUAUCUUUAGUAUCUCAACUGAGCGAGGAAGCAUCCCUAGUUGAUAAUGGAGCAGCUGUCUGGUUCCCAGUGGCUGUCUCUGACAUACUCGCCGCGUUGGGAGCACCGGCAUUUUCUGAGCUGCUUCCUGAACAAGGAGUUGAAACGUUUCUCAGCUUGUCGUCAACGGCGUCAGAGAGGCUAGGUACUAUGAGGCGUUCAAUUGCCGUGGCUACUCUACGCGCUUUCGAUAUCAAGGGUAUUCCUGCGAGCGCCUGUCAGGAAAAUCUUCUUGAGCUGAUAUCAAGAGUUCUUUUCAGGGUCAAAUUUGUUGCUAACAAAAAGAGAUUUGAGUCUUUAACUCUAACUUUUCUGUUACCAUUGUUAUCAAAGGUGCUGGAGGAAGGAAAACGAAUUUCUGUGAGUAAUUCGGAUAAACCGCUGGUAAAAAGUGAGUUUGUAGAAGAGGAUAAAGAAGAAGAACAGCUUUUGUUGGCAAUGGAAAUUAUCGGAGGCCAUGCUGAGUCUUUUGCGGAUCCUGACAUUCCUCGUCAGCAUAUUUUAGAGGUGUUGCUAUCUCUUCUGUCGAUAUCCUCUAAGGCGAGGUCCGCUAAAGAAUGCUUUUUAGCGUUAUGUCAAAAUGUGUCGCUAUCCCCUAGCCAAACAGAUCUAAACCUCAUUCUUGGUAGUCUGAUGGCUCCCAAUGAUUUUGUCAGGGCCACUGUUUUGGAGGCUGUUGACGAUGAGUUCGACUUGGCACCCUACAUGUCUUUCUCUCCUCAGGUGUUCAUAUUGAUGCAGGACGCUAGCGAGUCAAACCGUGAGGCAGCGGCAUCUAUCUGGCAAUUAAACAAUUUCAAAGUUUGUGAAGAGCUUCUCGAUAGCUUGUUUGAUUAUUUCAGUCAGGGCGAUAGUGGUUUACGCUUGUUUGUGGCUAAAUCGUAUGCCACUGCUCUGCAUGUUCUAACCGCACGGUCCAGUGAGUUGUUCGGUAAAUAUUUCGUGAAACUAAUGGAGUUUUACUCAUUGAAAGCGCGUAUUCCUGAUCCUAUUAUAGACGAGUACGGACUAGUAGUUGUCUCUUCCGAAGCCCAAAAAGACUGUUGGGAAGACAGAAGUUCUGCUGCUAUUGCUUUCAGAGAGUGCUCUAAUGUUUUUCCUCCAGACAGCAAAUGGCCCGUAGAGUUCAUCAAGUUUCUGGUCAACAGUGGCUCGUUGGGUGACCGCGAAAGUCUGGUCAGACAAGAAGUAAAAGAAGCUGGUAUUGAGGUGAUCGCCCAGCAUGGCUCUCGAAAUGUCGAAGACUUGAUACCAGUUUUUGAAGAGGCCCUCAAGGUUAAUCAAGAUGUUGCUACGAAAGAGAACGUCAUUAUUUUGUACGGAACUCUCGCAAGGCACUUGGCCGCGGACGAUGCCAGAGUAACAACGAUUGUUGAGCGUCUUUUGAAUACGCUAGAGACGCCUUCGGAGGAAGUUCAGCAUGCCAUUUCGACUUGUAUAUCGCCAUUAGUUGGCUUGUUGAAAUCCCAGACUGGCCAUUACCUGAAAGGCAUGAUGCUCAAGUUGCUAGAUCCUAAAGCCAAGCACCACUCUAGACGCGGUGCAGCUUGGGGACUGGCAGGCUUAGUCAAGGGUUUGGGAAUCGGUUCGCUUUCUGAAUAUGACAUUAUUCACGAUCUCAUGGAUGCUUCAGAAGAUAAAAAAGAUCCUCAAAAGCGAGAGUCUGUAGCAUUCGCAUUCGAGUGCCUUUCAAAAUCAUUGGGGAAAUUCUUCGAGCCCUACGUCAUUGAGAUUUUACCAAAUAUCUUGAAAAAUCUUGGUGACUCUGUUCCAGAGGUUAGAAAUGCCACUGCUGAUGCCACUAAAAGCAUCAUGGCCAACACUACUGGUUUUGGUGUCAAAAAAUUGAUUCCUGUCGCCGUAAACAAUCUCGAGGACAUUUCGUGGAGAACCAAACGAGGAUCUGUGGAACUGUUGGGUAACAUGGCAUACCUCGAUCCAACUCAACUUUCUGCAUCUCUUUCGACCAUUGUGCCCGAAAUUGUUGCUGUUUUGAACGACUCUCAUAAGGAGGUGCGUAAAGCUGCUGAUCAGUCUCUGAACCGUUUCGGAGAGGUGAUAAGAAAUCCAGAAAUUCAGGUUCUUGUUCCAACCCUUAUCAAGGCUAUCGGCGACCCUACUAAAUACACCGAGGAUGCGUUGAAUGCUUUGAUACAAACUCAGUUUGUGCACUACAUCGACGGGCCUUCCCUUGCUUUGAUUAUACAUGUCAUACAUCGCGGUAUGCGUGAGAGAUCUGCAAACACUAAAAGGAAAGCUUGUAAGAUUGUCGGCAACAUGGCAAUCUUGGUAGAUGCAAAUGAUCUGGUACCAUACCUACAACAGCUGGUCGAUGAAGUGGAAACAGCAAUGGUGGACCCAGUUCCUAGCACCAGAGCUACCGCCGCCAGGGCUCUUGGAGCUUUGGUAGAAAGACUAGGCGAAGACAAGUUCCCUCACUUGAUUCCUCGCCUACUGGAUACUUUGAGUGACGAUAGCAAGGCUGGUGAUCGUAUGGGAUCCGCUCAGGCUCUAUCAGAGGUCAUCAGCGGGCUUGGCUUGUCCAAGCUGGAUGAGAUGCUUCCUACUAUUAUGGCUGGUGUCACCAGUGUCAAGUCGUAUGUUAGGGAAGGUUUCAUGCCCCUACUUCUCUUCCUGCCUGUAUGCUUUGGUCCUCAGUUUGCCCCUUACGUUAGCCAAAUUAUUCAACCUAUUUUGAGUGGACUUGCCGAUCCGGAUGAAAACAUUUCCGACACGUCUUUAAAGGCUGGGAAACUUUUGGUCAAAAACUAUGCCACCAAAGCAAUCGAUUUGCUGCUUCCAGAGCUUGAGAAGGGAAUGUUUGAUGAAAACGAAAGAAUCAGACUGUCCUCUGUGCAAUUGACAAGUGACCUACUAUUCCAGGUUACAGGCAUCUCAUCCAAAAACGAGUUUGAUGAUGAAGAUGGUGAGGCCAAUCAUGAGGUCACGAAGCAGCUUCUGGAAGUACUGGGUCAAGACCGUCGCGAUCGUAUUCUUUCAUCUCUUUUCGUCUGCAGAUCCGACACUUCAGGCGUCGUUCGUGCGACCACGGUUGACGUCUGGAAGGCUAUCGUUCCUAACACUCCAAGAACCGUCAAGGAGAUCUUGCCUACCCUCACAAGCAUUGUUGUUGUUCAUCUCGCUUCUGCAUCUGCAAGUUUGCGGCAUAUUGCUGCCCAAACUCUUGGUGAUUUGGUGAGACGUGUUGGUAGCAAUGCUUUGUCUCAAUUGCUACCUGUAUUGGAGGGCUCCCUCGCUGAAGCUCGCGGUUCAGAAUCGAAACAAGGCGUUUGCAUUGCUUUGCGCGAACUUCUCCAAUCAUCAUCGUAUGAGUCCUUGGUGGAUUAUCAAUCUACUAUUGUGAAUAUCAUUCGCCGCACCCUUGUGGACGAUGAUGGCGCAGUAAGAGAAUCGGCAGCGUUGUCCUUUGAUGCGUUCCAAGAAGUGUUUGGAAAGAUAGCAGUUGACGAAGUUUUGCCUCACUUAUUGAACAUGCUGGGCUCUACGGAGAACUCUGAAUAUGCGCUAUUGGCGUUGCAAGAAAUCAUGUCAACCAAAUCUGAGGUAAUUUUCCCAAUCCUAAUCCCAACCUUAUUGAGUCCCCCUAUAGAUGCCUUCAGGGCUCGCGCGCUUGGUUCCUUAGCUCAGGUAGCUGGUUCAGCUCUCUACAAACGUCUCUCUGUGAUUAUCAACGCUCUGGUAAACACGUUGGCAGGUUCUACGCAAGACGAAAAAACUGUUUCAGCUUUAGAAGAUGCUCUUGGGAGCGUUUUGAACUCUGUCGAUGAAGUCGAUGGUAUGCACCCUUUGAUGCAACAUAUCUUGAGUUUGAUGAGGGAUGAAAACAAGGCCAAACGUCUAGUGAUUUUGAAACGUUUGCCUGCAUUUUUUGAAGAAACUACGCUCAGCUAUGACAUAUACACUCCAGAAAUCGUCUCUCAAUCAAUUAUGUCAUUCGAUGACGAAGACCCUGAUGUGGUUCAAGCGAUUUACGAUGAGCUAUCUGUUUUGAUCAAAAAGCAAGACAAAUCCAUGCUCGGAAAGUUGGUCAAGCCUGCGAAGCAAGCGCUGGAUUUGGUCGGAAAAGAAAAUACAGAGCUGGCGGUAUUCAAGUUGCCUAAGGGCCCUAGUUGCAUUUUGAGUGUUUUCCUGCAUGGCCUAAUGUACGGCUCUAACGAGGAACGUGAGAUAGCAGCAAUGGCGAUUGCAGACAUUGUGAAGAGAACACCAUCCGCCAACUUAAGGUCCUUUGUUACCAUAAUUACAGGACCUUUGAUUCGUGUCGUGGGUGAAAGAUUCUCGGGCGAUGUUAAAGCUGCCAUUCUUUAUGCUCUGAACGUGUUAUUUGCAAAAAUUCCGCAAUUCUUGAGACCAUUCAUACCUCAGUUACAAAGAACAUUUGUUAAAUCUCUGUCGGAUGCGUCUAACGAAACACUUCGUUUGCGCGCUGCGAAAGCCCUUGGUUCCCUGAUCGAAUAUCAGCCAAGAGUUGAUCCAUUGGUUUUGGAGCUGGUCACUGGUGCUAGACAAACUGAAGACGAUGGUGUGAAAACAGCUUUGUUGAACGGUUUGCUUGAGAUCGUCUCCAAAGCUGGUUCAAAGCUCAAUGAGAACUCUAAACAUGCGAUCGUCAAUCUUGUUGAAGAGCAAAUCUUGAGCGUCAACGACAAAUUGGCGACCGCAUAUGCAAAGCUUAUCGGUUCGCUUUCGGGCAUAAUGACAAAGCAAGAAGCUCAGUCAAUUUUGAGUGACAAGGUGUUGAGUGUUGAUAUAACCAGUGAUUCGGGUCGUUUUGCAAUUCUGACCUUGAACUCCUUUUUGAGAGAUGCCCCGUCACACUUGUUUGAGCCAGAUACGACCGCCGACUUUGUUGAAUACUUAGUCAAUGCUGCGAGAUCAACCACACCUUACAUAUCUGACAACGCCCUGACAGCUAUCGGAAAACUUUUGUUACUGGUAGGGGAGACGAAGUCACCAUUUGGAAAACAAGAGUCCCAAACUGUUUUCGAACUACCUGAGGAAAACAUAAAGAGCCUGGUCGAAGUCUUGUGUGAAGAUAUGCUACGCCCUGCUAGUAACUCUCUGGACUCAAGACGUUUGUCAUUGGUAGUUGUACGCACCAUGGCCAGGUUCAAAUUUGAAGAGUGUGUCAAGCCGUUCUACGAUCUUUUGGGACCUUCGAUCUUCUCGUGCUUGCGUGACGUCAUCAUUCCAGUUAAGCUAGCAGCUGAAAAGGCUUAUCUGGCUGUGUUCAGAUUGGUAGAAGAAGAGAAAAUGGAAUCCUUCCAAGCCUGGUCUUCCGAGCUCUCUGGCCCAACACUGCAGAAUUAUGUUGGAGACUCCAUUCAGUUAAGAUCGAUCACAGACUACACCAACCGUGUAGGUAAGAGGUUGGCUGGAGUCGAGAGGGAGAGAAUAGCAGCCGGUGGUGAUCCAGAAACUGUGUUUUCGGAUUGCUACGAAGAUGAGUCUGAAAUAUGGGCCGUUGGGGGAGUAGAGCUCAUCAAAGACGCAUGA